AUGACACCCACAAUUCUCAUCGUCGGCGCAACUGGCAACACAGGCGUCAACACCGUCCACACCCUCUCCACCCUCCUCAACUCCCCCGCGCAUCCCCUUUCAAACCACCGCAUCCUCGCCCUCACCCGCUCCACCAAAACCCCCACCUCCACCGCCCUCUCCAACCUGCCUUCGGUCGAAGUCAUAGAAAAAGACUGGACCACCAUAACCACCUCCUGGCUUACAUCCCAACACGUCACCCGCGCCUUCAUCGCCUCGCACAACCUGCCCAGCCACUUCAGCGACGAAUCCAGGCCUGCUCGUGGCGCUGCUGCACGCCUCGGUGCAGUACGUUCGUGCGCAUCAGCACGACGCCCGGAAGUCGUCAGCGCCGCGAGCAAAGUGUACUACGCGCGCGCGCACUGGGCGCUCGAGACGAUGCUCGCGGAUGCAGACUUUAAAAACAUGGCGUGGACGUCGCUGCAGCCGAACGUGUUUGUCGGGCCGUAUUUGGGCGGGCCGGCGGCGUGGGUGCGCGAAUACAAGAACACGGGGGUGCAGGGAAAAUUGGGGAUUAUUCUGGGUGAGGAUGAUAGUGUUGCGAUUUUGGAUGCGGGGGAUGUUGGCGCUAACGCUGGGAAUUUACUCGCACUUCGAGAUGUUGAAGAGCUAUAA